AUGGCGAAUUCCAUCACCAGAUCUCAGGACGAACAGAGGUCCGCUUCUUCUCACUCUGGAAGUCCAGAUGAGAAGAAAGCAGGUCAGAAGGAGAAUCUUCAUAGAGCUUUAAGCGAGAAACAGAUCAGUAUGAUUGCAAUCGGUGGCUCGAUUGGAACAGGAUUGAUAAUCGCAAGUGGGACAGCAUUGGCUCAAGGAGGACCUGCGGGGCUUUUAAUCGGUUACUUAGCUAUGGGUGCCGUUUGUUGGGUGGUUAUUACGGCUUUGGGAGAAGUUAUCUCCUUCCUUCCUUUAGCGGGGUUCACAGGGACGGCUGGAAGAUAUGUCGAUCCGGCAGCUGGAUACUUACUGAUCGUGCCUAACCAGACGAAUGCAUCAGCAUUGCUGAUCUCUUAUUGGAGACCAGAUCUUUCAGGUUCAAUCUUCAUCGCAAUUUUCACGGUUUUCAUUAUUGUAUCAAAUUUUUGCGGCGUGCGUUUUUUCGGACACUUUGAAUACUGGAUGUCGUUCGCAAAGAUUGUCAUCUUGACAGCGAUUAUCUUGGGUGGCUUUAUCAUUUCAUUGGGCGGCAAUCCAUCCAACGAACGAAUUGGCUUUCGUUAUUGGACACAAGGAAGAGCUUUUGUCGAGUAUAAAGAGCAAGGCGCUCUCGGCCGUUUCUUAGGAGUUUGGAGUACGUUAACAUCCGCAAUGUUUGCGUAUUUGGGCAGUGAAUUGGUCGGUGUCACAGCCGGAGAAACUGCAAACCCAAGAAGAGCCCUGCCUCGUGCAAUCAAGAUGGUUAUUUACCGUAUUUUGAUCUUUUACAUCGGUGGUGUGAUUGUGAUCGGAAUGUUGGUCUCACCGCAGAAUCCAGGAUUGGUCGUCAAAGGAAAAGCAGCAAAAACCGCUGCAGCUUCCCCUUUCGUUUUGGCCAUCAAAAGCGCCAACAUUAAUGCUUUGCCUUCAGUUGUGAACGCUGCAUUAUUGGUUUUCACACUCUCUGCGAGUAACUCCGAUCUUUUUGUGGCUUCGCGAACCUUGUUCGGCCUCGCAAGAGAUGGCUACACACCAUUUUCCAAAUUCCUGCAACGUACCAACAGAUGGGGUGUUCCAUAUGUGUGCUUGUCAAUUUGCUCUUUGUUCUGCGCUUUAGCUUUCUUAAAUGCAAGUUCAGGUGGUGCAACGACGUUCACCUAUUUGACAAAUACCGUCACAAUCUUUGGAGGAAUCGCAUGGUGGGGAAUUCUGGUUACACAUAUUCGUUUCAUGGCAGGUUUGCGUGCUCAAGGUAUUUCGCGCAAAACUUUACCAUACGCCGCACCUCUUCAACCGUAUGGAUCGUAUAUUGCCCUAUUCGUUACCUCGCUUGUCUUGUUCUUCAAAGGUUUCAACGUUUUCUGGCCUGUAUUCGAUUAUCGUAACUUUAUCACAAAUUACAUCGGUAUCCCAGUCACUGCUUUCAUCUUCCUUGGAUGGAAAUUCUAUCACAAGACAAAAUUCAUCAAAGCAUCCGAAAUGGACUUUACGACUGCAAGAAACUUUGACAUCUUAGAUACCGCAUGGCAAGACGAAGAGAAAUGGUACCGUAAACCAUUAGCGGUUAAACAUUUGGUUAUCUGA